AAGUUUCAAAACUUUCAAACAGGGCAGACAGACAGAGAGACAGAGAGUCGGACGGCCCGUGUGACAGAGAGGAAUCAAGCUUUGGACAAACCGCUGCACCACACACUCCAAACAAGAACUGUUGUCUUCUGAGAAAGAAAAAAAAAGAGUGAAGAAAAGAAAGAGGCAGAGUCAUUGUGGAUCAUUUUCAGGGGGAAUAUCCUGCACCACAUCUUGUUUGUUUUCUCUUUCUUUCUCGUCUUCCCCCUCCUCUCAGAUCUCGAUGCUUUGCUUUGGGAUUUGUGCUCCAAAUCCAUCAGAUUCCUCUCUUGAUCUUUCUCUUUGUCGUCUGAAACAUUUUGAGCUACAAAUUUUUUCCAGAACUUUGCAACCCAACAAAGUGAAACAGACGUUUGCAGAAUUUCACUUGGACUAAAAGUUGAAUCCAAGCCCGGUUCUGGAAUGAAUUUAACCGAGCCCAGCUUGUCUAGAGAGACUCUCCUGCAUGCCAGCCGAAUGUCCCUCGGGGGCCCCUGGGCGUCCGGGACCCCGAGCCCUGCUUCUGAUUCUGAAAUGGGCUUCGAGCAGAACCUCUCCGGGGACUGCAGCUCUCCCGACGGCCUCGGAAGCGGGAGCAUGAGGAGGACAGAGCCGAGGAUUUCUCUGACGCCCAGUUCAGGGGGACAGAGUCCAGACCUGAGCCAGGCUGGAGGUGUGUCGGCGGGCACGGCCGAUGGGAAGGCUGUGGGGGGCGAGCAGAGGAUCCGCAGGCCCAUGAACGCCUUCAUGGUCUGGGCUAAAGAUGAGAGGAAGCGACUGGCCGUGCAGAACCCCGACCUGCACAACGCUGUGCUCAGCAAGAUGCUCGGUCAGUCAUGGAAGGCCCUUAGUGCCACAGACAAGCGACCAUUUGUGGAGGAAGCAGAGCGUCUGCGUGUCCAGCACCUCCAGGAUCACCCAAACUACAAAUACAGGCCUCGCCGCAAGAAGACCACCAAAAAACUGAAGCGGGUCGAGCCGGGGCUUCUGCUCCACAGCUUAGCCCAGGGCGGGGCACCAGGCCUUGCAUUAGGACACGGUGUCAACCCACUGGGUGCAGAAAGUGGAGGUUCUGCUUACGGACAGCUCGGUGGCCAUCCCUCGCAUCACCAUCACUCCCACCACCUGCUGCACCCACUCGGGCACUUCAGGGACCUCCAGGCCCCGGGACACUCAGAGCUGGAGAGCUACGGCCUGCCCACUCCGGAGAUGUCCCCUCUGGAUGUUCUGGAAGAUGGAGGUGGGGAAUCUGUGUUUUUCCCCCAGCAUGUGCAAGAGGAGGUGGGGAUAGGGGGAUGGAGUGGCUACCACCACCACCUCCACCAUCAUAACCAGCAUUACAGCCAUAAUUACAACAACCACAGUCACCACAGCUCCUUAAAUAGCGCAGCGACACACAGUCAGAGUUCAGGAAUGAGUGUUGGUGCCAGUUUGAGUCCAGGUAGGAGCUCCAGAGUUGAGUCAAAUAUGAGCUCCAGGUUAAAUCACACCUCUGGUCACCACAUCGCUUUGAGGAAUCCUGUUAAGUGCCCACCACCUUUAUCUGACUCCUCCUCCCCUGUCUCCUACACCCAGCCCUCCAUCAGCCUCCCUGAGCCGAUUAAAUCCCACCAAACGCCGCAUCAACCCACCGCUCCUGUCGGCUACUUCGGCCAAAUGUAUGGGAACAGUGCUCCAAAUGCAUACUACAUGCCGUCUCACCUGGGCCAGCUCUCACCUCCUCCUGAGAGCUCUCCUUCUUCCUGCUCGUCCUCCUCCAUCCCCACGUCAACCUUCCCUCCUCCUUUGCACUUAGACCCCUCAAAUCCCGAGUCCUCCUGCCAUCUGGGGUCUUCUUCUGCUGAGUUCUGGUCCGAAGUGGACAGGCAUGAGUUCGACCAGUAUGUGAAUGUUGGAAGGAAUCGAGAGGAGGCCUACGGACGUGGUGGGAGCUGUGGAGGUGGCUCCAAAGUCCUUAGUGGGCGCAGUAGCAGUAGUGUAGGUAGCAGCAUGAAUAGCAGCAUUCUUAACAGGGAUGUCAGUAGCAUUUUGAGUGGUGCUGGUGGGUGUGAUGAAGGGAGCAGCCCUCUCAUCUCUGCUCUCUCUGAUGCCAGCAGUGCUGUCUAUUACAGUGCCUGUAUCACUGGAUAAAUACUCACAGAUCUCAUCUCUCUUAUGUACCUCCUUGCAUACUGCACAGUUUGGUUUGGUUCAUUUGAUACACGUGAGGAAGUAUGUUGGGAAGUUUAGUUUCGGCUCAUAUUCUUAAUCAGUGCCAUGCCUUGCUAAUUCCUCACAGAUUCGAAAAUUAAUACGUUUUUCUAAAUGCUGAAAAGAAAAACGCAGAUGAGUGUUUUCUUCAAAUAAACUCUUACUGGAGCUGAAGGAGCCAAAACUUAAUUUUUUAAAAAUGUGCUAACUGGAAAAAAAAAAACUUAACUGGAAAAGAAAGCACUUUUAUCAAAUGAAAUAAAACACAAAUGCUAAUGACUUAGUUUUGGAUUAUUAAUUCAUUCCUGAACAUUAUAUGAAACAGUUGGCUGCUAGCGAACCAGCUUUUCCUUGAUAGCUGCGUGCCAUGCGCCUGGUGUGUCUAGUUUAGACCAACGUCAGCUUGCAAGCAUGAGUAGUUUAUGGCCAUAGGAAUGAAGCUCAUGGCACCUUUCUAGGCAGAUCACUCGCAGAAGGUUUUUUUGCUGAGCAACUUCAAACCCAGCUACUGUCAGUCAUUUAGCUAACAUAGAGGAUUACAUUCGCUAAUGUUGUUGGCAAACUUAAAGGCACACUUCAUCUGCAAAAUGACUACUUGUAUUUUAGUUGCUCUCUGCGUGUUAAACUGAAAUUGUGAAGAAAACUUUGUUUUUUCUCGCAGGCCUCCACAGUGAAUGGAGAAUCCAAAAAAGACAAACAUUCUUCAUGAAUGGAAGUGAAUGGGGUCCACAUUUAACAACAGCAAAACUAUAUCAAAACAUCAGUUUACAAACAACUCGUACAGUAUAAUUCAAGUCUAAUUUAUCCAGUCGUAUGCUCAGUGCCUCCAACGUACCUUUAUGAUAUAACGAUACAACAGAGAAUACUUAAAUCUUCAAGAAGCGCACCCUGAGUGUGUGUAAGACUGUUUAUACUGACAAAUGUUCUUUAAUUUGCAUAGGUUUUAGAUAAAAUGCACGUGUUUAGGAUGUACUGAGCAUACAACUGGAAGAAUGAGACUUGCUGUUGUUAAACGUGGUCCCCAUUUGCUUCUGUCCAUGAAGAAUGUUUGCCUUUUUUGGAUUCUUCGUUCACCGUAGAGGCAUGCAGGAAAAACAACGCUUCCUUCACGAAUUCAAGGAAACACAAGAUGAAUACUUGAUAUACAAAUGGUCAUAAUGUGGGCGAUGUAGUCCUUUAAGGAGGGAAAAAAAAAACCCUGAUAAUUUCUGUUGCAUCACUCCAAGCUUGAUGCUCUUUAUCAAGUCUGUUGAUCCAAAUUGAUUAGCACAGAAAAAACGCUUCCUGACACGGUGCUGUUCUGCUCAGAGGUUGUAAUAUUUUGCCUUGGUAAAUAGAAUAAAGCAAUAGGCCUGAGUGUGAUGGACAGAUAAACAGAAGGCAGCUGGAGAGCAUAUUAAAUUAACAUUGUGUUUUUAACUUACUUAUGAAGGGUGCUAGAUCUGUGUUAGCAUAAUGCUAAUAACAAGGAGUCUAUAUCGAUAUCUGGAUACAUUUAUGACCUGAGGUUGCUCUGGUGGACGUAGAAUUCAACAAGUGCUAAUCUUAGUUGAAGUACCUGCUCCUGCCUGUUCCAGGGCUUUUGUUUCUCCAGUGACAAUACAUGCUAUUGGAAGAUUAUGCAAGCAAAAGGACUCCUUUAGUUGCACUGUGUGUACUCUGGUCAUCAGAAAAAUCCACAACUAUGACAAACCUGAAUUUCAAGAUCGUCUAAUUUCAUUUUUGACAUUUAAUCUCAGGACCAGACAACUAUUCAUCUCCACUGAACUUCACGAGGUUUAGAUUUAUUCAUCUCGUUUGAUAAAUGGCAGCACGGAGGACAAUGAAGGAGACACUCGGGAGAUGGACAUAAAGAAAGAGACUGGAUGGGAGAGACUUGAUCCAGCCUCCACAUAUCUCACAGUGUUGUCGGGAAAGCCUUGGCCACCGACCCAGAACAGACCACUGAUGUCUCCCACAAACUAUCCGGAUGUUUUACAAGCUGGGUAGGGUUUUUUUAUUCUGUCCGUGAUACAUGCCGUUCCCUCUCUGUCUCAGUCCAUGACAGGGCCUCACGUCAGACUCUAUGCCAAAAUCUGCAAGUCUUAAGUUGCUUUGCUUCCUGGCAAACACAGAUAUGUUGAUGAAUCAAAGAUCAUUCUUUUAACCAGUAAGCCUCUCUGGUAUAACAAACAUAUCACUUGUUUAAACAAAAUGUCUUUUUUUCCAUGUUAAGAAGUGUAAUUUUGUUCUACAUGUAACAGAAGAUUGGGCUCUACAAAUGAAGUGCCUCUGGAACAAGUCUUGUGUGGUAGAUCAUAAAACAGCUUCAUUUUAUACUUUAAAGUUCAUCCUGUCCAACGCCGAAGUUUGACCACUCUAAUUACAAAUUGUUCCGUCCUUAAUUUCAUUGAGACGUUUAAGGAUAAUAGUGAGUCUUGUGAUUUUUUGGAAACCUUGUUUUGAUGUAGCCUUUUACUGUAUAUAUAGAUGCUGUGCCUCUUGGCAGUAUAUGUGAAGGAGAAACUGCGACUAUGAAAUGUUCUCUUUGCACUGGGUUUAAUGUCUUAGCUGUAUAGAAGGAACACUACUUAUUAAAAUUCAAAUGUCCAUAAUUUUAAAUGUGUUUUUGUACAGAAAGGACUGUGCUUGUUUUGUUGUUUUAUAGAUUCUGUUUUAUUGAUGUCUUUUCUUAAGGGAAUAAUUUGACCUUGUAGGAAAUGAUUUGCUUUUUGUCUGAGAGUCAGAUGAGAAGAUUGAUACCACUCGUGUGUCUGUGUGUUUGAUACGGAGCAGAGUUGGGAGGCGAUAAGGCGCAAAGAGUUAGCCUAGCUGUCUUCAAAAUGAAAAAGUCUACAAACUGGAACUUUUAAUACAUAGCCUACUAAGUAACAUGUUGUCUCUGGGUUGUUUAAAGGGAUAGUUUGGAUCUUUUGAUGUGGGGUUGUAUGAGGAACUUAUCCAUAGUCAGUUUAUCACGUCUCACUCUCAACUUUUCAAAUACCGCCAUUUUGUCAGUGGACCUUAACGGCAGACACUGACACACAGAAGCAUCCUUUAGCGGCAGCAUGAGACAUCUCGGGCUGAGGAAUUUGCUGAUACUCUACAACAGUGGUUCCCAACUGGUCCAGCCACGGGGUCCAGGUUUCUCCUUAGUCAUUAGUUCAAUGUCCACACAGUUUAAAAUAUUCAAAAUUAUUCUUGUGUUUUUCAAUGUUGUCGAGCCAGUUUUAAUGGCUCCGCUCAGAGUGGACCCGCGACCCACCAGUUGGGAACCACUGCUCUACAACUACCGUAGCAUAAAGAGCAGAGAAAACUUCAGCAAACCCGGUGUUCAUUUCCCGUGUGAAACCAAAAGUCAGUCGAGUAUCUUAAUACUAACAUAGUGUGCUAGUAUGUUUAGCAUGCUACGCUAGUGACGUAUCACAUGACAGUUGUUACAUUACGUCAAUAACAACCACACUCGUUUAAACCAAACCAAGAUUUUUUUUUCUUUUGUUGCCUUAACUUAAGGACGUUAACCUAAAAACAGUUUUACCUACACUGUAAGUUUACUUUGAAAAAGACUGUGUACAUUUAACAAGCCAACACAUUCUCACUCCGACCUCGUCACAUAUCGACGUUUGGUUGGUCAUGGACCUUCCACGUCCACAUACAACGUGCAAGGUACCCUGGGUGUGUUGGUUGUUGACAUUCUGGGACGCUGUUUCAAGUUCUGCCUGUUACAUGCAUCGUCUUCUUUCAAAAUACACCUCUGUUUUCAUAGGAAAUUUAACAUUUACAUACAGUCUCUUUCAAAAUAAAAGCACUACGCUGGUACAACACCAAGAAUUUACUUUUGUUUUUUCUUUCCACAGCAAACGCACAUGGUUGGGUUUAGGAAAAAAAGAACAGGGUUUGCCUUUAUAAUCUUACGGGGGAAGAAUGCCUGUAGAAAGUCAGUGUUUGCUGGACCCAUCCCCCGCCCCUCCUGCCUGCUCUUAACUUUCGUUCUUGUCCUGCGGCGUCACCCCCUGACGCUGCUGUUAAACUAUAACGGCGACCGGCUGCAUAUCACGCGACGUUAAAGCAUAGAUUUCUUUGUCAGUGUCUGAUGCUGCUAGUCAAAAACAGUAAUUUAACAUCGCUGAACACAGGAGCUACUGCUCUACCGCUGCCUUGAUCAGUGAGUUUGUGUUAUUGUGUGACUUUAAAAAGGUUUGUUCGGAUUGCUGACCGCCAUCUACUGUAGGUAAAACACUGCCUGUGAAUAAGUACCUCAUGUAACCCCACUUUAACAGAUCCAAACUAUCCCUUUAAUCUGAACACGAGCAGAAACGUUAAAGCAAUCAUUUGUGGUUUUCGGGGGAGUGGUGCUGUGCAAUUACUGCUCCUGCGUAACUCUUCGUAAAACCACAGACUGUUGAUUGUACCCUUUAAUUUAUAAAAGGCGUUAAUUAGGCGAGCUGUGUCCUCUUGCUCGUUGUCUUUGAAGUUAAGCUAAUCGCCUCCCGACACCAGCUCGUUAUUGAUCUCACACACAUGACAACCAUAAUGAUGUCCACGUUAUCAGGAAGAAAGUGUAUUUCCCCAAAUGUUGAACUAUUUCUUUGAAGAUGAUUUGAACACAAAAGCAUCGGAGCAGUGACUGGACUUUUGUGUGCUCUGUGUGUGUGUACGGAAAUCUAUAAUUGUAAAGAUCUCUUGUAGAUCUCCUGUUAAACUUCGCUCCACCAGUGACACCAGCAAACCAGAAACUCUCCCUCCCACACCGAUGUUAUUGAGCUGGAAAUUAAAAUGAAAAUCUGUGGUUUUGUUUUGUGCUGAGAAAAUGAAAAAUCAACAGUUGUAGCCACUGUCGAGGUCUCUCUGUAUGUGUUUAUGUAGCAUCUACUCUGUAAUAUUUAUGUAUACAGUGGGAGCAAAAAAAAAAAAAAAACAGAAGUCACUCUUCAAGAAUUUAUCCUGCAUCUGUUCUGCAUUAGUCCUACAGACAAUACUUUUUUGGGGGCAUGAAACAGUAGAAGAAAAUCGUGUAUCUUGUACAGUGAAACCAGUUAUAUUUACCACACCGUUCCUUGUGGCCACCAUUGGUUGAAAACAGAGCAACAGUAGAUUUUUCCAAACAUUUCCUCUAGAGGACGGAGCCGCAGAGAAGCAGCAGUUCAAGCAAAGUAUUAAAAAAAAAAUACUUCUACAUCUGCAUUUGACAUUCUUUUCUGUUGACACCAAACAGAGUCUUGUUUCCAUUUUAAUUUACUGUGACACACAAAGAACAUCAGAGAGACAGGCGUUUUUCCCUUUUUUUUUUUUUUUUUUUUUUUUGUU